AUGUCACCAAGACCAAAGUUCAUCUUCGUUCUCUCUUCGCAGAGCAUUCUCCCAAGCCGGGGCACUCCCACUGGGUGGUAUCUCCCUGAACUUGUUCAUCCCUAUAAUGCGCUUGCAUCGGUGUUCGAUAUUAUAGUUGCCUCACCAGAGGGCGGCGAGGCGCCUCUUGACCCGUACUCAAUCGAAGCGACCAGAGAGGAUCCUGAAUGUGUAGCUUUUCUCAAAGAGAAGUCUCACAUCUGGAAAAGCACUGUCAAGCUCCAGUCCCUAAUAGGCAAGGCGCCCGAGUUUUCAGGGAUCUUCUACGUCGGUGGCCACGGUCCAAUGUUUGAUCUUGCAAACAAUGAGAUAUCUCAUGCUCUUGUCCGCGAGUUUUAUGAAAGUGGCAAAGUGGUAUCAGCGGUGUGCCAUGGUCCAGCCGCUUUAGUCAACGUGAAAUUAUCCGACGGAACGUACCUGGUUGCUGGCCAGGAGGUCACGGGCCUCUCAAACGCAGAAGAGGAUAUCAUGCAUUUCACUAAAGAUAUGCCAUUCCUCUUGGAGACCAAGCUACGCGAGAAUGGCGGAAUCUAUGAGAAGGCUGAUAGCCCUUUUGGCGGCAAAGUCAUCACGAGCGGAUGGAAUGGCAAGUUGGUUACCGGUCAGAACCCUCCGAGCGCUGGUAUGAUUGGCGAAAGUUUGAUCAAAGCGGCCGGCCUGUAA